GCGGAGAGAGAGGGAGAGAGUGUGGCUGGGGCACUUUCUUCCUCUUCCUCUUCAUCCUCCUCUUCUGCAAUGCUGUGUGUGUGUCCCUCCCUCUGCCACAUCUCCCUUUCCGCUGCAUUGCAUUGCAUUUCGUUUCAUUGAUUUGCUGAUUUGUGUGGAAUGGCUUUCGGAUUCCUGCUCGGUGCCAGUGUGAGAGAGCUGGCCCUGGAAACAGCGUUGCUCUCCAAUAGUCUCUCUGUUGAGGAAGAGGAACCCCUCCUCGUAUUUCAGGACACGUUGUCGUGCAAAUCCAUAGGAGGGUGAGAUUUGUUUUUGGGUGAUGGUCGUUGUGACGCCACACGAGUGGAAGAAGGGCGUGUGAGAGUCUGCAUACUGAGUGAGUGGGUUUAAGUGUUCUACGUUCGGGGUGGAAUGCGGGCUUGUUGGGUGAGCUUGAGAGAUCUGCAUAGACAGAGUGAAAUAUGCCGCGAGGUGUGAAGAAGGAGAAUCUGCCCUCCAAGAUUUGUGAGGUGUGCAAGCGGCCCUUCACGUGGCGCAAGGUAUGGGAGCGGUGCUGGGAUGAUGUCAAGACGUGCAGUGAUCGAUGUAAGGCUGAGCGGAAGAAGCAGAACAAGGCCAACAGGGAAGCUCUGCAAGCAGGGAGCGAUGCAAAUCAGAACCCCAAUGAGAAUGUGAGCAAAGUGGUGGACAUAGGGAAUUCUUCGGAGCUAAACAUGAGACUCUGUGUCGCAGGGAUGGCUAAUCCACAAGCAUCCCUCCACCAUUUCCUACUCUUCGCCUUUUCUCCACGCAAAUUUUUGUCAUUAGACAGGAUACAAUAUGCAUGAUUACGCUGCCCGCACACAUCAUGCUGGCGAGGGCCACAAUCACAGAGACACGAAAUUCAAGUUAAUAAAUCAGUGUUGUGGUGGAGGUGUUGUAGUGUCUCCCUUAACCAUUGAAUUAUUCUCAGUUUAAAACUAGUUUGAAACUCUUCUGGAAUUCAUUUCUGAGUUGAGCUUUGCCUCUGUAUUCAUGCAUUCCGUCUUUAAUUCUUAAGAUGAGUUACAGUUCUGUGCA